CGCUUGAACCUGGGAGGUAGAGGCUGCAGUGAGCUGAGAUCGCACCACAGCACUCCAGCCUGGGCGACAGAGUGAGACUCCAUCUCAAAAAAGAAAGAAAAGAAGAAACAAAGAAAGAAGGAACGAACACAGGUUCACGGAGGAACACAGGAAUGCGUGCAUAGCGGCCUCGUGAGCUGGCGUGCUGAGAGUGAGGUCGUUUUAAACUGUCAGAGUGAACGUCCUCAUAUGACCGACAAGCCGCAUGACAUGGACUUAGAAAGCUUAUUUUAGAGCCACACUGAGAGCGGAACCAGCACAGUAUGUCAGGAAACGCCACCCCAGUGACCACCCCGUGGGCUUCCGUGGGCCUCCCCACCAAGACCUGCAGCAACGUGUCGUUCGAGGAGAGCAGGGUGGUCCUCAUCGUGGUGUACAGCGCCGUGUGCGUGCUGGGGCUGCCGGCCAACUGCCUGACCGCGUGGCUAGCGCUGCUGCAGGUGCUGCAGGGCAACGUGCUGGCUGUCUACCUGCUGUGCCUGGCACUCUGCGAGCUGCUGUACGCCGGCACGCUGCCGCUCUGGGUCAUCUACAUCCACAACGAGCACCGCUGGACCCUGGGCCUGCUGGCCUGCAAGGCGACCGCCUAUGUCUUCUUCUGUAACAUCUACGUCAGCAUCCUCUUCCUGUGCUGCAUCUCCUGCGACCGCUUCGUGGCCGUGGUGUACGCGCUGGAGAGUCGGGGCCACCGCCGCCAGAGGACUGCCAUCCUCAUCUCCGCGUGCAUCUUUAUCCUUGUGGGGAUCGUUCACUACCCAGUGUUUGAGGCGGAAGACAACGACACCUGCUUCGACAUGCUGCAGAUAGACAGCAGGAUCGCCGGGUACUACUACGCCAGGUUCACCGCAGGCUUCGCCAUCCCGCUGUCCAUCAUCGCCUUCACCAAUCACCGGAUCUUCAGGAGCAUCAAGCUGAGCGUGGGUCUGAGCACUGCCCAGAAGGCCAAGGUGAAGCACUCGGCCAUCGCAGUGGUGGUCAUCUUCCUGGUCUGCUUCGCCCCGUACCACCUGGUUCUCCUCGUCAAAGCUGCUGCCUUUUCCUACUACAGAGGAGACAAGAACUCCAUGUGUGCCUUGGAAGAGAGGCUGUACACAGCGUCCGUGGUGUUUCUGUGCCUGUCCACCGUGAACAGCGUGGCUGACCCCAUCAUCUACGUGCUGGCCACAGAACAUUCCCGCCAAGAAGUGUCCAGAAUCCACAAGGGGUGGAAACAGUGGUCCAUGAGGACAGACGUCACCAGGCUGGCCCACACCAGGGACACCGAGGAGCAGCAGUUGCCUGUGACACUGGCAGACCACACCUUCUCUGGGCCUGUGCACCUACCGGGGUCACCAUGCUCCCCCAAGAGGCUGAUGGAGGAGUCCUGCUGAGCCCACCGUGUGGUGCGGAGGCUGGCAGGCUGGGGGUCCUGGAGCCAGCAAUGUGGCUCCGGUCCACUGAGCCCCCCAGCCACAGUGCCUGUGUCCCCUCUGGAAGACAAACUCCCAACUUCUCGUUUCUGAAGCUACUCCCUCGGUGACCCCUGGCCCUGGGCUUUCCCACAUGGAAGGUGGCUGCAUGCCAAGGGCGCAGCCAUGCCUCCAGGCUGCCGGGAGCCCAGAGAGCGUGUGGCAGGCAGUGGGCCCUCUUCAUCAGCAGCCUGCCUAGCUAGCUCCCUCAGCUGUGGGCAGGCAGCGGGGCUGCUGGCAGAGGUACCCGGUGGCUGCCCUGUUCGCAUCAGUGCUGAUGACUUUCUUUUCUAGGCAUUUCUGCAAGUGUCACCCGGAUGCGGUGGCACACAUGGGCCCUCCAACCUCCUGCCUCAGAACGCCAGUGGGCAGCAUGCCAGGGUCACCCAGCACCAUGGCCGUGCCCAGUAGGGCAUAGGGCAGCCCGCCACCUCCAAGGGGGCAGAAGCCCUUGUCUGGGGUUGGGUCUGUGCUGAGCCGGAAGGUCUCUCAGGAGCUGUGGGGCAGGGUGGCCAGCUGCUCCGGUUCCCAGAGGGCAGCCCAGGCGUCCUCCAUGGGGGGCCCCAAAUAUCCACGUCCAGAACACCAGGUGGCAGGACAGGCAUGACACAGCCACGGCAGAGCCAAGGGGUGCCAGAGUCCCCAGCUGCAUCCUCGGGGAGAAGCUGGUGAGGUGUCUGCACGAGGUGGGAUCCGCGCCCUCAGCCCCUCACUGAGGCGGGAGCGCAGCAGGUGGUCUGCCUGUCUGACAGAGAAAGCCAGCUCCCUGCACCCUUGGGGCCAAGUCGGACCUGGCUCUGCCCCGACAGGCCCUGCCUAGGCCAGGUCACAGUGAUAACCUGGUUUCCCCAUCUGUAAAAUGGGGCCAAUGACACCGACCUCGCGGGGCCACCAUCGGGGUCCGUCUUCCUCCCUGCACUCACCGCACUGAGCCGGCCAGCACCGCACCUGGACAGGGAGCCCAGCGCCCAGCACAGUGCAGGGGCUUCCAGCGUGGCCACACAGCACGGUGGGGCUGAGCUGCGCUUUCAUUUUGUAAGGCAGCUGUGCAGUUGUUCCUCUUU